UACUACGAGGUGAAGUGGAAAGGGUUCCACCGAACGACGCUCGAACCAGCGGAGCUACUAGAGGACGCUGAGGCAGUAGAUCGUUGGGAAGCGUUCACAGAGACCAAACGAGACAGCGAGGGCCGCCUCCCGGAAGGGUUUCGGAGAGGCGAUGCGGUAUCACCCUAAGGAGGGGGGUAUUGUAACGGGCUGAACGCCCUUUGGAUAGCUCCUCGAUGGAAUCUCGGCCUACUCGCAGAACCCGGGUGCUGUCUCGAGCACCCGGAUUCUCUGCGCACCGCCCGAACGACGUUCAGACGACAGCCGCAGGACCCAGAAGCUGCCUCGUGCACCUAGACUUCACCGGUCCGAUUGUUACUCGGGUAACCAGCUUGUAUAUAGACAGCUACGUAGCUUGGGAGCUUAGCUCCUCAUCGAAUACAACCUCUUGUAUACCUCGCGAUUGCUCCCCAGAGCGCAGCCCCUUACAUAAACCCUUUCUAAGAGUAUAGGAUUUCAAGAUU